AUGAUCGGGCGCAGUCUUUUGAAAACUGAUGAUGAGAAAGGAGACAAAGAUGAUGAUAACGACUACGAUGAUAAUUAUGAUUUUGCAGAUAUUGAAUGUGCCAGUGUGAAUGUAAAUGUGAUUGAAGCUCAGAAACUGGUCGGGGUUAACAUCAACCAAGCAGUGUAUGUGACUAUUGGAGAUGAAAAAAAGCACACAGCUACUCAGAAGUCUACCAACUGUCCAUUUUACAAUGAGGUAACUACUUGCAGAGAACUCCAUGUGCUCUUUGAUAAAGUGAUUGAGAUUUCUGUGGUUCAUAAGAAAAUUCUUGCCUUUUUGAUGUCCCGCAUAGGAAUUUUUAAGAUCGACAUCAGCACAGUGUAUCAGCAGCCGGAUCACAGUUUCUACCAGAUAUGGGCUCCGCUUACUGACCCAAAAGUUACCCGCUCUGGAAUGAAAGGUUAUGUGAAGUCCACAGUGAGUGUGGUGAUGAAAGGAGACCUCAUGGGCAUGGUCAGCUUGGCACCAGCUGGCAGCCAGAAUGAUGACACUGAAAAGAACCUUCUCCUUCCAAAGAGGAUGCCUUCAGAACGCCCUUGGGCAAAGUUUGUCCUGAAGAUCUUCAGAGCGGAAGGUCUGCCCAGCAUGAACUCGGGUUUCAUGGGGAAUAUAAUGAGAGACAAGAAGGUUUUCCUCGACCCUUAUGUUCAGGUCACAUUUGCUGGCCAGCAGGAAAAUGGCAUUGAUGAAGUGGAGAUGCUGUUGGAAAGAUCAAAGAUCAAGGCUAAAGAACGUUUGGUUGAUAUUAUAGAUAAUAGAAAGAUUGUUCUCACUGCUCUUAGGCAGUACAGCAGUAACUUAGACAUGAAGAGGAAUCCUCGUCAAAACACCCUGGAGAAGUGUCAUCAAAAGGAACAUUGUGGGUUUUUUCUGGCCAAGCAGGCCCUGAGAGCGAGAAAGAGAGUGACCAGAAAUACGGUUAAAGACAGACUAGCAGAUCUGAAGAAUAUCACAAAGAGGCUCCGCUUGGCCAUAGAAACCCCUGGAGGAGCAGUGGGGGAAAUAUUCGCCAAACUGGAAGUAUUUAUGUGGCUUGGUAUCACAAAAUAUGCAAAAAACUGUGUCACCAGCCUUCCAGCAGAGUUUAGACCCAUUUACGAAGAAGCAACUUCUAGUGCAUCAAUUCCCUGUAACAUGCCUCCCACCAAAUUAGUGGUGGAAGACAGUUAUUAUUUCUAGUUACGUGCUCACAUUUAUCAAGCGCGUGGCAUUAUUGCAGCCGAUGACAAUGUACUGUCCGACCCCUUCACCAAUGUUGUGUUCAGCACACAGUGUCAGCUCACAUGGGUGAUGAAAGAAACUCUGUCCCCGACGUGGUGUGAGUUACUCCUCUGUGAUCAGGUUCUGAUGGAGGACAGUAAGGACAAGUACAGAGAAGACUCUGUGGUCAUCAUCAACACCUAUGACUACAACAAACUAGUGAGUGAUAGUUUUUAAUGCAUUAACUGUUUUGGAAAGCUGUAAUCUGUGAGUCAGUUGUAAAUGGCACUUUAAAAACCAUGCUUAAACAAAACCCUGCAGUUUUUUGAGAUCACAAAAGGCAAAAGCAAAGCUGGGGAAAUUUUGGCAGUACUUGAGCUCAUCGAGUUGGAUUACUCAAGCUUCGGAGAGCCAGCUCUGCCACUGGAUGUUGACCCCAAGGAUCAACAGUAGAUGGAAGAAGAAUGCUAUUAUAUCAUUCCCGAGGGAGUUCGACCUGUGCUCAGGAAAUACAGAAUAGAGGUGCAAACUUGGGGACUGAGGGACCUGAAAAGAGUCAAACUGUUUGAAGUGGAGCAACCUCAAGUGAGGAUUGAGUGUGCGGGCAACACGAUCGAGUCAGAGGAAAUUCAGAGCUACAAGCAGAAUCCCAACUACAGUGAUGUGGUUAAACACUUUGAUGUUGUAAGACUCCCUCUUUUCAAAGAACUGCAUCCCCCUCUUUCUAUCUUCAUAAUGGAGCAGAGGGCCUUCGGGAGGCUGGUCCUGGUGGGAACUCACGUGGUCCGAAACCUCGUGCAGUUUGGUCCCAGGGAUCAAGAGGAGUGGAAAGACGAGGAGGAGGAGCCUGGGGAGAAGAAGCCUCCCCAGAAGACUACUCCUCUAACCACGGUGAUCACCAUGGACUUGGGUGGACUUCCUCUGAAACAGAGCAAAAUUCCUGUUAACCCUCUUAACUUAGUCAUGUCUCCAAUCAAAAAGGUGAUUGAGCAGGAGUUAGAGGAGGAGCCACCAGAAAAGGAGGAGCUUGAUUGGUGAUCUAGAUAUUAUGCAUUACUGGCUGAACUCGAAAAACAGGAGGAGAAAGAGGAUGACUUGGAAGAUGGACACGAUGGAGAUGGAGCACCACUAAGCAUGUCAGCACUAGAGGCUGAGGUAUAAGAUGAUAAGACUGUGAUUGAAAUAGAGCCGCCUGCUCCAAAGAGGAAGAAAAUUGCCACCUUACAGCUUUACAAGUCUGAACUUGAAAACAAAUUCAGUCAGUUCAUGGACUGUUUGCACAUAUUUUCUGUCUACAAAGAGAAAUCCAGCCUGGAAGAUGAAGAGGAAGAUGAAAGUACGAGAUAUAUGGGUAAAUACAAACUGUGCUUCAUUGCAGGGAUCGUUUCUGAAGACGAAGAUGCAGUCUGUCAGAUUUCUAAUGGGAUUCCCAAAAAUGCACCCAUCAAAGUCUUUGUGAGGGUAUAUGUAGUAAAAGCAACCAAUCUGGCUCCCACAGACCAGAGUGUUAAGGCAGACCCCUAUGUGGUGGUAAAGGUUGGCCAGCAGCAAAUGGACAGCAAAGAACACUACAUUCCCAAACAACUGAACCCAGUGUUUGGAGAAAAGCGUAGCCAAAUGAAACCAGAAGAACUGCAGUUUGUGGACAACAGUGGGAACACCUUCCUUCUAAUGGGUAAAGUAGAGGCAGAGUUCCACCUAGUGACAGCUGAAGAAGCUGAGAAUACCCCUGUGGGAAAAGCACAUAAAGAACCCGAACCUCUGGACAAACCAAACCGCCCCAAGACAUCCUUCAUCUGGUUUGUGAACCCCUUGAAAACCUUUGUGUUCUUUAUCUGGAAGAAGUACAAGAAGUACAUCACUGCUUUGAUCAUUUUGGUUAUCCUGGGGCUCAUCCUCUUCCUCAUCCUCUACACGCUGCCUACACACAUCAGCCAGCUUAUUGUCAAUGGAUGA